UGACGUGUUUUGUAGGCGGCUAAUUCUGUCUAUUGUGUUUAUCUUGAGCUCUCCAGUUUUUCUUCGUGAAUGGAUACACCGUUGCCGUUAAAUAUUCUUACCCCUCGUUUGGACAUGGACUGGAAAACAUCUUAGAUAUUAGUCAGCUGUGCACAAAUGCGAAAAUGAACAAAGGCUGGCUGGAGCUCGAGAGUGAUCCAGGAUUGUUCACUUUGCUAGUGGAAGAUUUUGGUGUCAAAGGCGUCCAAGUGGAGGAAAUCUAUGACCUUCAAAGCAAGUGUCAAAGUCCCGUCUAUGGCUUCAUCUUCCUGUUCAAGUGGAUCGAGGAGCGUCGAUCCAGGAGGAAAGUUAACACUUUGGUGGAUGAGACCUCCGUCAUUGAUGAGGAAAUUGUAAAUGAUAUGUUCUUUGCUCAUCAGCUGAUACCAAACUCAUGUGCCACCCACGCUUUGUUGAGUGUGCUUCUGAACUGCAGUGGUGUGGAGCUCGGCACCACCCUUAGUCGCAUGAAGGCUUUCACAAAAGGCUUCAGUCCAGAGAGUAAAGGUUACGCAAUAGGAAAUGCCCCAGAGCUUGCUAGAGCACAUAACAGCCAUGCCAGACCGGAGCCCAGGCACCUGCCAGAGAAACAGAACGGGAUCAGUGCAGUGCGGACCAUGGAAGCCUUCCACUUUGUUAGCUACGUGCCCAUCAAAGACCGCCUCUUUGAGCUCGACGGGCUCAAGGCGUACCCCAUUGACCACGGGCCUUGGGGAGAAGAAGAGGAAUGGACCGAUAAAGCUCGGCGUGUUAUCAUGGAGAGGAUUGGAUUGGCCACUGCCGGUGAGCCGUACCAUGACAUUCGCUUCAACCUGAUGGCAGUGGUGCCUGACCGCAGGAUGAAAUAUGAGUCUAAACUGGAAAUUCUAAAGAGGAAUCGACAGACUGUUCUGGAGGGUCUACAAAAGAUGAUCCGCCUCACUCAGCCUGAAAUUGUCCAUGACAAGAAGGAGAAAGACUCUUCCUCUCCUGACGAUAGCACCUCGGCGAUCAAGAAAGAGGCAGAUUCUGAGCCGGUUACAUCCCAUGGGACUGACCAGGCUGCUUCAGAUUCAGUGGAUGAGUCAGGAGCUCAGUCUAAAGAUGCCACGAGCCACUCCAGAAACUCUAAGGUCAUGGGCAAACCACCUGCCCCCACAGGAGGAGGCCUGCAGCAAGUCACCAGUCCCAACCCCAUCGUUCAACGCCUGCCAGCUUUCCUGGACAACCACAAUUAUGCCAAGUCUCCAAUGCAGGAGGAGGAGGAUCUUGCUGCUGGAGUCGGUCGCUCUCGAAUAGCAGGGCCUCCCCAGCACCCAUACUCGGAUGAUGAAGAUGACUACGAGGAUGAGGAGGAGGAAGUAACUGGUUCAACUGGCACACCUAGCAGGUUUAGACGGAAGGCAAGUCUGCGCUCACGAACAGGGCGGGCAACGACAGGAAUGGAGAGCCAGAUUGCCCUCUCUGUGUUGGCUGAGAAACUAAAGAAAGAGGCCCAAAGAAAAGAUGCCCUGAACACACCCCUUUCUGUGCGCACAGAAGGGCGCACCGGGGGCAUCUGCAUCACAUCUGCUUCACAGCCUUCCCCAACACCCAGCAAUGAAAGCACCGACACAGCCUCUGAGAUUGGCAGCGCCUUCAACUCGCCACUGCGCUCACCAGCGCGCUCGCAGGCUGCCACGCGCCCGUCCAGUCCAGUUGCAUCCCAUCUGUCUCGUGUACUGUUCGGAGAAGAUGAGAUGCUGAGGCUAGACUCCAGACACAACCGUGCUGUAAGAGAACUGGGUCCCUCUGUCAGCAUAGCCUUGUUACACCUGCAGGAGGACGGAGUCAUCUUUGCUCUCCCUCAAUCUGUAGAUGCGGCUGCUGAUGGCACAAAGCAGCCUUGCACUCCAGAGAAGACAAAAGACAAAGAGAAGGCGGGAGAGAAGGAAGGAGUGAACAAGGCAGACGAGGGACCAUCUGCGGAGGUGAAAGAGGAGGAGAGCAAAGAUGGAGCAGAGGUGAGAAAGGAAACGCCCAACGCUAUGGAAACGGCUGCAGACAGCAAGGCCCCUGGGGAUAAAUACUCUCCCAAAGAGCUGCUGGCACUGCUCAAGUGUGUUGAGGCGGACAUUGCCAACUAUGAGGUGUAUCUAAAGGAGGAAGUAGAGAAGAGAAAGAAAUACAAAAUUGAUGAUCAGAGGAGGACCCAUAAUUACGACGAGUUCAUCUGCACCUUCAUAUCGAUGCUGGCCCAAGAAGGAAUGCUGGCCAGCCUCGUGGAGCAAAACAUUUCUGUGCGCCGUCGGCAGGGAGUGAGCAUCGGCCGCCUGCACAAACAGAGAAAGCCCGACCGGAGGAAACGCUCCCGACCUUACAAAGCCAAGCGCCAGUAAUCACAAACAAUCACAACUCCUGUGAGUAACUUACUCCCGUGAGCACCGAGCAAUCACCACGGAGAAAAAGAAAUGGAUGCACUUCUGAAACUUUUCUCCUAAAGGCAGUUUAGUGUUGUAUUUUAGCCAGAGCCUCGUCUUCUUCUUCAUGAAAUCAACUACGUGUUUGGUUAGUUAUUUUAUCAUUUAUGUAUAUACUGUAUGUACCACCGUUUUAGUCUCAAUGUAAAUGUUCUUCUUUCUCGCGCCAUUAUUAUCAUCGAAUUGUAAAUAUGAAAAAAGGCAUGACCCCAGUGAUGCAACUGAAUGCUUCUCAUCUCACACAGUAUUCAUUCUUAUUGAAGAUCCUCUCUACAGUCUUGUGGUCAGUACAGUUUAGUGUGUCACUAAAUAUACAGUUUGGUAACAAAUCAGUAUAGCCUCAACCUUCACUCAUGUUUUUAUGGUGCCAAUAAAGUAUUGAAUGUUUUGACAAUAAAGGUUCAUGUAUUUUACUCAUCCAAAGCAUUUCAGUCUCACUACAUAACAUAAAAAGCAUCUUUUAAUCACAUUCUUUGAAACUCAAGAAGAAGUCAAAAUGCAUUUUUUUUUGUCUUUUCAUUGGAAUGUCUUUUCAACUAAGGGCCUUUCGCUGUGUAUGUACUGUAUGUUUUCUUGAAGUCCUGCAAAUGGGAAAACAAGCUUUUGUGUUAUUUUUGUACCUGAAAUGGAUCUCGAAGUGAGUAAAUAUAAAUUGGGCUGUGUGUUUUGUACAUAUGUAUCUGUUAAAUGGCUGACCUGUACACUGAGUUCAGUUGUUCUUUGUGCUUGCCAGUUCAUACUACAAUAAAAUUCCUGAAAAUAU